UUGUCCUAAACUUCAGCGUGAUUUUGGGUCAACAGACUGACGCCAUCGUCAACACCAUGUCGGAGGACAUGAACCUGAAACAGGGAGCCGUGUCCAAAGCCCUCCUGCAGGAGGCCGGGUCCGGCCUGCAGUCAGCUGUUUGGUCUGAAGCCGGGGCGUCCGCGCUGCCGUACGGCGACAUCAUCGUCACCGACGGCUUCAACCUCAAGUGUCAGAAAGUCUUUCACGCCGUCUGCCCGCCUUGGGACAACGGAGGCGGCCAGGCAGAGGAGGAGUUGGUGUCCAUCAUCAGAUUUUGUCUGAACGAGGCUGAGAAUCAACGGAUGACGUCGCUGUCGUUCCCGGCCAUCGGCACGGGAAACCUGCGCUUCCCCAGAGAUGUGGUGUCCAGAGUCCUGCUGCGGGAGGUCCACUCGUUCAGCCGCAGAACAACUCCUCUUCAUCUGAGAGAGGUGGCCGUCGUCGUUCACCCGAGUGACAGCCAAACUGUGGAUUGUUUCACCAGGGACUUCAAAGGUCAGACUGGUCAGAGGAACAUCCAACGUGAAGCUCGAGAGUUUAACGAGGCUUCAUGGCCAAUCUCAACAUCACUCAGCCAAUCACAGCAGUCUCCAGGUAAGGAGCCUCCAGCACCUAUUAUUUAAACCUUUAUCUCUAUGUGAUCCUUCAUGAAUGACAAACAACAAAACUGAUGAGAACACACAAAAAUCCAAUCAUUUAGAGACAGAACGGUGAGUUUAAUCUGUGACUUUAGAGACGGA